AUGGAACUCAAUCUCACGGUUCUGCAAUUCCUUCUCCUUCUUCUACCGUUGUUUCUUCUUCCUGGAAUCGCUUCCAAUGCGAAUCUUAAUGAAACUUGUGGUUACUUCAAUGGUUCACUCAAUAGAGACACUAAAGCACUAUGCCCAAAUGGUUGGGUUAUGGACCCUAAUAAGACCAAAUGCUUUCUCCAUGUUGGGAGGCCUCAAUCUUGGAAUGACUCGGAGACAUGUUGUAAUAAAUACGGUGGACAUUUAGCAUCAUUGUCAUCAGUUCAGGAGCAACAUUUUGCUCAAAGUCUAUGUGGCGAAUCCAUAAAUAGUUGUUGGAUUGGAGGAAGAUUACUCAACAGCACUAUAUCGGGUUUUCAGUGGACUUGGUCAGAUAAUUCUCAAUGGAACAAGUCCAUAUUUCCUUUGGCUAAUGUUCCACUUAAUUGUACUGGAACCGGAAGAUCAUGCCUUAGGAACAGUACAGCUAAUUUAUGUGCCGUAAUGACUAAUAAUUCAAAAUCCCUCAUGAGUGAGAGAUGCGAUAAUCCUCAUGCUUCUCUAUGUAUACUGGACUUAGAUAGGAGAUGUAAUCAUAUGCACUGCCACAGGGAUUACCUUAUAAUCCUUGCAGUGGUGAGUGGCUUGAUACUCUCAACAACACUAGCAGUUGUUGUCUGGCUUCUUGUAUUUAAGCGAGGCAAAAAGAGAAGACGGUCUAGAAAACUAUCUGAUCCUGCCACUUCACUUCCAUCAUGGAAAGUCUAUACCAAAGAGGAACUAAGGUCAAUUACGAAAAAUUUCAGUGAAGGAAACCGUCUUGCUGGGGAUACAAAGACUGGUGGUACGUACAGUGGGGUCCAACCUGAUGGCUCAAAGGUUGCUGUUAAGAGAAUAAAGAGGUCAAGCUUUCAGAGGAAAAAGGAGUUCAAUUCUGCAAUUGGCAGGGUUGCCAGGCUUCGACAUCCAAAUCUGGUGGCCGUGAUGGGGUGCUGCUAUGAUCAUGGUGACCGCUAUAUUGUUUACGAGUUUGUAGCUAAUGGGCCUUUAGAUAAAUGGCUACAUCACAUACCAAGGGGAGGUCGCAGCUUAGAUUGGGCUAUGAGGAUGCAAAUUGCAACUACGCUUGCUCAAGGAAUAGCGUUUCUACAUGACAAAGUUAAGCCACAAGUUGUUCACCGAGAUAUACGAGCUAGUAAUGUGCUGCUGGACGAGGAGUUUGGAGCGCAUCUUAUGGGUGUUGGCUUGUCCAAGUUUGUGCCAUAUGAAGUAAUGCAUGAGAGGACUGUCAUGGCAGGUGGAACCUAUGGAUAUCUUGCUCCGGAGUUCGUCUACAGAAACGAGCUUACAACAAAGAGUGACGUCUAUAGUUUUGGUGUCCUACUACUUGAAAUAGUAAGCGGACGUAGACCAGCACAAGCAGUUGAUUCUGUGGGUUGGCAGAGUAUAUUCGAAUGGGCUACACCUCUUGUUCAAGCUCACCGCUACCCUGAACUCUUGGAUCCUUAUAUAUCUUCCUCGUCUACUAGUAUCAUCCCUGAGACUAGCGCUAUCCAAAAGGUUGUUGACCUUGUUUAUUCAUGCACGCAGCAUGUCCCUUCUAUGCGGCCUAGAAUGUCACAUGUUGUUCAUCAGCUGCAACAGUUUGCCCAGCCACCUGCAAAAUAA